UUUUAAGACUGACUGUUGUCUGUUUCGCUUAUUUUUUAACGUAGUAGUGGUUUAAGCAUUUUUUUCAUGUCUUGUUACGGCUGUGGAUCGUCAUUCGGCGCGUUCAAGAAAGAGCAUGGGUGCAAAAACUGCGGAUUUGCUUUCUGUACUAAAUGUUUGCCGAACAAAUUUCCAAUUGAACGCAUGAACAAUGAGAAACACAGAGUAUGUAUGAAGUGCUACAACAUCUUGACAGGCAAGGUGAAGCCCAAGGAAGAUGACACAGCUAAAUAUUCACCACCAGAAAAUUACAAAAAGCGUGUGGCUGCACUAGCAGAAAGGGAGGGGACUGGAGGGCGGGGCCCUAAACCCACCCACCAUGCCCCUGCACAACGCAAACCAGCAGGCAUCUCACAGGCAGACUGGGACAUACAACAGAGGCUGGAAAAACUUAAGGAGAAAUCACCAGCUGAAAAGGCUGCCGGGCAGGUCAGUGAGACGGAGCUCGGUGAGCGCCUGGCCCGCAUGAAAGGUGUUCCCCCAGAAAAAAAACAACCGACGUACCAGCCCCCCGAGAGGCGUAGCCAGCAGAAGCAGAUGGAGGACCUCCUCAAUGAGAUUGCAGAUGAGGUGGAGCUGGACGCCCGUCUGCCGGACCCUGUCACAGAAAUAAGUGCCCGACUUGCCAAGCUCAAACAACCUUAUGGUCAGGAUAAAAACACAGAGAGUAACGCAAACAAUGAGUCAAACGCCAGUGAAAACAACUUGAACAAGCCUUCCUUGCGAGACUCACAGACGUUUUCCAGUAACUUCAGCCAAAGUAAAGAUAAAAUUAUGAAUGAGGGCCCCGCAGCCACAAGGGAAGGGGCAAAUACUGAGAUCAGGAGCCCUGGGACAGAUAGAGAGAUAAAUGAACAAGACAUAAGCAACCUUAUGAAGGAAGCUGAACAGGAGGUUGAGGCUGGUCGGCGAGCGUUAACAGGCCUGCAGCAGGACAAGGAGAUGAUGGAUACCCUAAACACCAUCAAGUACAGCCCUCACACCAACAAAGAUGAAGAUGAUGAACAGUCGGACAGUGAGAACGAAGAAAUUGAAAUAGUAAAACGAGCACUGGAAGAGAACCGACUGGAUGAGGCGUCUGCCCGGGACGGAGUCACUACAGGGGGGAGGGAGGUGGAGGCGGUAGGGGGCAAGCAGAGGCCACAAGAGAAGGCAAGGCCAGACAAGAAACAAGUUAAGAAGAUGAAUGAUCAGGAGUGGUAUGACCCAGAUGAGCUGCCAUACUGCUGUAUAUGUACGGAAGAUGCUGUAGUACGCUGCCUCGGUUGUGACCAUGACCUCUACUGUCAGCAAUGCUUCAAAGAGGGCCACGAAAAGUUGGGCCUGUCUGACCAUGUGACCAUCAAGUACACGCCCCAAGAGGGCACCUCAUGACCCUGGUGACUGGCAUGGCCUUGUGCAGCUGUCAUGUACGAGGGAUGACACUGUGGCGUACAAUAACAUCUAAAUAUUCAAUGGCUAGAUAUUUAUCUCCAGACGUUGAAUCUGGCCUUCAACAUUCCCUUGAAAGUGAUAUAUCAGCUUAGUGGUAGAAAUGGAUGACUUCAGAAUGUGUAGUAUGGAGCAAUUUGUCUUCUUUUUGGUGUAGAGCUUAUACCAUAAAUAUAUUCGCUUUAUGUUAAAGUGUAAAGAUAACAUGACAGUUGCUUGUAGUGUUUUCUGCGUUCCAUUGGAGUGACCUAGGGCUAGUUUCACAGAAAAAACUAAGACAAGAAGAUAUUUUCUUGCCUAAAAUCUGCUGAUAUGAAUGGACAAUAAUAAUAACAUUUAAAUCAGUUGCUGAAAAGUCUUUGCUUAGUUUAUUCUGUGUCUUAAGUUUAUUGUGAACCCAAGCCCUGGUCCCAAGCUUAUAUCUCGGCUUCAUUUGCCUCAAUUGCAAUUUCAUUAAUAAAAUUAAUAGAUCAUUUCUUUAUUUAUAUGGAUUUCGUUGGUAUAUUCUAAAUUUAGUUGCCUGAACCGGUGUCUAUUAAAGGUCGUAAAUAAUUUCCCUACUAAAGGCAUUUGAAAAGUUUGUCUGUUUUUUGAAGAAGAAAAAAAUAGAGUUAUUGUCGUAGCCUUGGUGUCAUAGGCGUUGUCGUACAAAAACAUAAACCUUGGCCAUAACUCCAAAACAUUCUAGAUUUUUGAAUGAAACAUGGUACACAUGUUGCUAGAGACAAUAUGCACAUGUACAACAAGGUCCAUAACUCUGUUAAUAUUAUUUGUCAAGUUAUGUCCCUUGAUAGUCUAAAAAAGUAUGCAAAACUUGAACUAGGCCAUGAUUUUCUAACUAUUCAAGACAAUCUCGUGAAACUUUAAACACAUGUUACAAUAUACAAAAUGCACAUAACUAGCAAGGCCCACUACUCUGGUGAUUAUUAUUGUAAAGUUAUGCUCCUUGUUUAUUUCAAAAGGUUAUGCAAGAUCUUGGUAAUAAUUUUAUGACCAUUCAAGAUAUUACCAUGAAACAUUUUACUAUUCGCAAAAUGCAAAUAUGUAGCAAAGGCUGUAACUCGCUUUAAUAUUAAUUUAAGUAUGCCCUUUGAUAGUUUGAAAAAGUCACAAACAGACUUAAAGUUGAGUGUAAGUUAAUGAUUAUUAAAGAUUUUUACAAGAAACUCAGUAAACAAAUUACCAGUGAGAAGGUGCGUCUGUGUAUUAAGGCCCAUAACUCUUGCUUUAAUAAGUGUCAAAUUAUGCCUCUUAUUGACAAAAAACAGAUGUGAGUUCGCUCCACGGCGCUCUUGUUUAUUAUUUUUUUAUGGAAUUAAAAGAUGUGUAAAUGUUUUAUAAUAUAUUUUAUUGCAUAGACAAAUGUUUGAUCUUGCAGAAGAACAUUUAAUUGACAUGCACUCUUUGUUUCCAUUGUAAACUUUAUUUGGGACAUAGUUUGUUUGUAUUACUCAUAUAUGCAAAACUAAAUCAGUACAAAACAUAGCAAAUGUUUUCAGUAAAAGCUGGGUCACAGGUAAAAUGUAGCAGUACAAUUCAAAAUGUGUGUAUUACUGUAUUAUCUAUAACUAGUUUUGUUAGCAUUUUUUAAUGGUUACACUUCUAUGUAAGAAAUUGAAUUGUUCUGCUUAAAUUUAAGAAAAUAAAGUGAGUUUUUAGAGACAUGCUUGGCUUUUUAUAUUUGGUGGAUAAUUUUCUUGUAGCUGUUAUUUAAAUGAUAAUAAAAAUAAUAAUAUAAUUUAUUUUUGUUAGCAGAUGUUAAGUUUGUUUUUCAUAUUUUUUUACGUUCAAUAUUUAUUUUGUAUGUGCAAGCAUUUUUCGAACUUUUGAAUGUUAAUACUUAUUAUGUUCAGUGAUUUCAAAUAAAACCUAAAAAAAG